AUGAAGAUAAUAUUUAAAGCAUUAUUUUUAAUUAUUUUUAUAAAGUCUAUAAAUUCAUUUCUUUUUGGUGGAUUAGGUGGAGGUGGAUCUAGUUGUUGUGGUGGUGGAAGUAGUUGUUGUCAAUCAUCAGGAGGAGGUUGUUCUGGUGGAGGUUAUAGUUCAUCAUGUGGAGGAGGUUGUUCUGGUGGAGGAUAUAGUUCAUCUUGUGGAGGAGGCUGUUCUGGAGGAGGAUAUAGCUCAUCAUGUGGAGGUGGCUGUUCUGGUGGAGGAUAUAGCUCAUCAUGUGGAGGUGGCUGUUCUGGUGGAGGAUACAGUUCAUCAUGUGGAGGUGGUUGUUCUGGUGGAGGAUACAGUUCAUCAUGUGGAGGAGGUUGUUCUUCUUCUUCAGGUUGUGGAAGUUAUAGUAGUGGUGGUUGUUCCUCAAGUGCAGGUACUUCUUCUGGAUGUGGAAGUUCAUGUAAUACAGGAUAUUCAUAUCAGCAAAGUAAUAGUGGAGGAUAUAGUUCUCAAGGUAGUUCCUGUGCACCUACUUCAUAUUCUAAUUCAGUACCUCAAACAUAUUCUCAACAAGUUGCACCAUCACCACAAAUAAGUAUACCAGAACCAUAUCAUCAACCACAACAAAUGCAAGUUCAAAAUAUUCAACAAUAUCAACAACCAUCACUUCCUGUACAAAAUCAACAACCAUCAGGUGGUUAUGGUAGUGAACCACAAAGUCAACCACCUCAACCAGUAAAUCCACCCUCAGGAAAUGGAUAUAAUGAUGUUCCACAUCAUGCUGCAGCUGAUAUUAAUGUUGAAGUAAAAAGUUCAGAAAAUGAAGAAUUAAAUAAUGAUAAAAAGGCAACAUCUGGUCAUGGAGAAACACUAGAAUCUGAAAUUCCACCAGUCCCAAUAGAUCAAAUAGUAUUAAUAAAUGAUGAAGAUUGUAAUGUUGCAGAACUUCGAGAAAUAAUGAAAAGAAGUAUUGUUGGUGAUAUAAAUGUUUCAAAGCGAAAAAUACAAAUUGAGGCAGAAAAGAAAUUUGGAGGAAGAUUUGAUGUCAUCUGUGCAACACAUGAUUUUUCAUAUUUAAGUAAUACAGAAUUAUAUUGUCAAGUUUCAUCUAAAAUUAAUAAUAUGAUUUUUUCAUGCUACAGUUAUAGGCAACUAUAA